AUCUUCGUAAUACGCUAAUUAAGACCGAUCGAUCGGUGCAUCAUGUGCCAUUCCUAUAAUUUUGCUACAUAAGUAUACACCGGCGAUUUUCUACGCUCCUUUAGCCUGACCGUUUACAUAUGUAUACAAUUAUACAUAGAUAUGUAUACGUGUUAUACUAUAUAGUAGAAAACGUGAUUGUGUCAACGUGUGAUUAAAAAUCACGUAAUUCGUGUUCGUGUCUGUGAUCUACGCGGGUGAUUUCUGUUGACAAAACAGCAGCGUGCAGUAUUUUAAAGGUACUCGGCACAGAACUCGACUCGUUACGAAUGGCAUCGAAAUUUGUUUACGCAUUAAAUAUCGAUGCACCGCUGGCCUUAAAUGUGUCUUUACUUUAAAUGUAACCUCACAUACCGGUUGCGAGAAAUUAUGAGCACAUUGUCGUACGAAGAAAGUUGAGUUUCGUAAAAUAAUAAAUAAAAACUAAACGUAAUUAUGGAAUGGGAAGUACGUUUUCUGACGAUAUCGACGCUGCUGGUCGUCUUCUGUGUACACAGUCUACGGAGUUUAGAAGUUAUUUAUGCGAUAAAUUCUGGAGGAGAAGGACACACUGACAGUUAUGGGAUUCGUUACUCCAAAGACCCUUUGAUGGGCAAAGUUGGGACAGCAUCUGAUUACGGGAAACAAUUAAUUAUCGGCAGGGUGAACGCAAUUGAUCAGAUCUUGUAUCAAACCGAACGCUAUCAUCAUAGCACCUUCGGAUACGAUAUUCCUAUCAGCGGAGACGGUGAUUAUGUAAUGAUAUUGAAGUUCUGUGAGGUUUAUUUCAACUCUCCAAACAUGAAGGUGUUUGACGUGGUCUUAAAUGGAGAUCAUACAGUUGUCACUGAUUUGGACAUCUUCGAGAGGGUCGGUCGUGGCAUAGCUCACGAUGAAUACAUCCCAUUCAAAGUCCAGAAUGGGAAAUUAAUAUACAACGAUGAGGAAUCUGAUAUACUAGCUGGAAAGAUCAGAGUCGAAUUCAUAAAAGGUUACAGAGACAACCCAAAGAUAAAUGCCAUUGCUGUGAUAAAGGGAAAUAUAGAAGAUAUACCACAGUUGGGUCCGAUUCCACAGGAGCCGGAAGAGUAUCAUAAUAUUCAGGAAGACGAGGAGGAAUCUACCGUUCGCAGCCGCCACACAAGCGGACCCAGGACACCAGAUCCUUACUCGAUCGACGAUUCCGCAGUGAUGUUGCCAGUCUUCGUAGCUCUUGGGGCUUUUAUCCCUUUACUAUUUUGUCUAUGUAAACUAUAGGCAGCGAAAUCUUUUGCACACGAAUGCCUUGUACUUAAAAAGGAUGAUAGUAUUCUAAUCAGCUUAGGUGAACAUAGCGCGCGGAUGCGGCGCCAACGUUGAUCGUGUAUAUAGAAAGGAUAUCCUUGUUUUAUAUGCCACAUCAUCGCAUUUUAGUUAUGUAUAUGUAUACAUAUAUAAAGCUGUUUAUUAUUAAUUUAAUUAAACGAACAUAUCUAUAUAUAUUUUUAUGUACGACGAACAACUGAAAUUCUAAAUGACAUGCAUUAAAGACUUCGAAAUGACGAAAAGUUGUGCGCGUUCACGACUUUUGUUACCAUUUUAAUGUGUUCAUUUGCGAGUUAUUUAAUUUUUUUAUUGUUAUGUAUGGGGUGUCAAUUUAUGGAUGUAAAUCGUUUACAUUUUUACAAUGUAUAGCUCUUUGGUGUUCGUAUUCUUAAUCCUUUCUUUCCCAAGUGUUCGAAACUACGGAAAGAAGUGUCGCUAUUCGUUUCUUCCAGUCCUAAUUAUUUUCCACGUGACAUAAAUUUUAAUAAGCUUUUGUUGGCGGAGAUGUCUUCUAUUUAAUAUCGAACACGAAGGAAAUUGAGAAAGAAAGGAUCGAUGCGCUACAGGUACAGACAUUCAUUUAUCCAAAAGAAAAUGUUCGUUCUGGAUUAUAUGAAGUUCUUUUUUUAAUACAAUAUAGAAAAUAGGAAUAAAAGUACACGGUACAACAAAUUAUACUGUACUUUGUUAGACGCACACGAAAUGUCAUUGAUUGAAUUGUGAAAUUCAGCAGAAACUAAAUCUGAAUGGAAAGAAUUUAUGUACAUAUUUUUAUAUUCGAUCUAUUAUGUGUAUUUAGUUAAAAGAAUGUAAACGAGUCCACCGAAUAUGUCAAUGUGAUUUAAAUUUCUUGCGGAUUAAGAUAAAUAAAGCUGUUAAUAUUAUCGAAAA